UGUUCAAUAAAGUUGGAAUUGAAGCCAAAAUGGCGACGUGCAUGUUGUCGUCAAAGAUGUCGCCCUUGGUGUCACCCAUCAUUAGAUUUCUACUGAAAGAUCAGUACUAUUCCUCGAAAACGAUAUGUAACGGUGUGACUAACAUUUCCAGACGAGGCUAUUCGACGGAUGCUCUCCCCCAGCCGGCUGCAGAAGACAGCAAUGCUGCCGCAGCGUACAGCGGACCACUGGAGCACUACAACAGUCUGGUCAGGGAUGAGUCGCUGCAAGAGGACCCACAUCAAAAAGCCGUGGUUCAGACCUUGGAUAAAAUGCACAAAACCCUAAGAGGUUACAACAACCAGCCUACGUCCCUCUUCGCGAAGUUUUUCUCUAAGCCAAAGCCCCCAAAAGGGUAUUACAUCUAUGGAGAUGUUGGCACAGGGAAAACGAUGGUUAUGGACAUGUUCUACUCCUACGUGGAGACAGAGAAGAAAAAGAGGGUCCAUUUCCACGGCUUCAUGUUAGAUGUACAUAAUAGGAUACAUCGCCUUAAAAAGAGCCUGCCAAAAAGGAAAGCUGGGAGGAUGGCUAAAGUCUAUGACCCGAUUGCACCAAUAGCAGAGGAGAUCAGUGAAGAGGCCUGUCUGUUAUGCUUUGAUGAGUUUCAGGUGACAGACAUUGCAGAUGCCAUGAUUCUGAAACAGCUCUUUGAAAACCUCUUUAAGAAUGGGGUUGUUGUCGUGGCCACGUCCAACCGGCCCCCAGAGGAUUUGUACAAGAACGGACUACAGAGGGUCAACUUUGUGCCAUUUAUUGCUGUGUUGAAGAACUAUUGCCAAGAGCUUCGUCUGGAUUCUGGGAUAGACUACCGCAAAAGAAACAGACCCUCAGCUGGGAAACUGUACUUCCUCUCAAGGGAACCUUGUGUUGAGGCAAUACUGGACAAGAUGUUUGACGAGCUGGCCUUCAAACAGAACGACAGUAAGAUGCUCACGUUGUCAUUGAGUGUAGAUAAAGAGGGAUCGGUGGAGCCGUCUAUAAUUAUAGUAACACGGCCAAGGACUCUGAAACUGCUAGCCAGGGAGGUCAGUCUUAUGAAAACCUGUGGGACCAUAGCAGACUGUACCUUCGAGGAGCUGUGUGAUAGACCAUUGGGUGCCAGUGACUACUUGGAGAUUUCCAGGCAGUUUGAUACUGUAUUCAUCAGGAACAUUCCCCUGCUCACUAUGAACAAGAAGACUCAAGCGAGACGCUUGAUCACGCUUAUAGAUGCCUUCUAUGAACACAAGGUACGAGUGGUGAUUCUGGCCGAUCACCCUCUGGAUGACAUCUUUGUACACGACGGAGAUCACGAACACCACCAUCAUGAACUCAUGGAUGAUCUCAACCUAAAAAAGGAUGCAGCCAGUGAGUUGUCUAUCUUCAGUGGAGCAGAGGAGAUCUUUGCCUUCCAAAGGACAGUGUCUCGCCUCACUGAGAUGCAGACUGAAGAGUACUGGCUGGAAGGGGACAGGAGCACCAUCACCACGUAGCUGUACAAUACCCCUCACCAACCCUCUAAACCCUUCACUACCUGCAAGGACAGUGAAAACCACCUCACCAGUACAGACUAUCAGUUAAUUUGACGGGAUCAGUUUGAGCGUACUGAGGCGCAGAAUCACCAAUCAUGAUCACAUAUAAUAAGUGUGAUUUGUAGAUCAGUGAUUCUACGCCGUCCGACUGCAAAGUAGUCCGUCUCAAACAUGCACAUACACUACCACGAGGGACUCCAAACAAUGGAAUAUAUUCAUUAUACUAAGAAAGUAUGACUUCAAGCCUUUAUGAUUUUACUUUGCCAUUGCACUUUACAAACUGACCAUAUUGUGCAGAACAUUUUAAGUUAAACCUUUAUCUGUGGAUUUUUUUCUAUACUGUACACAGGGUAUAUUGUGUGAAUGGCUUUUGCAAAAAAGUUCAAUGAAAUCCACUUCUAAAAAUGGAA